AUGGAUGCGACAACGUUACCACCAAGAGUCAAGGUACAAGCGCUUGCCGACACCUACUUCCAGCACCUGUAUCAACGUGCUCCAGUGAUUGAUCGCAGUGAUCUCUUCCGAGAGCAACCUUCCGAUUUGAUCUGUCAAACGCUUUGUUUGAUGGGAUCUAUUCUGCGACAUCCUGGGAUACAGUCACCCCUUGAAGAGAGCGAUGAGUACUACUGCAAAGCCAAGGCGCUUCUCUUCGCAAAUCACGAAGCCGAUCAUCAUCAAGUUUUGAAGGCUUUAUGCCUUCUGUCUUUCAGAAACAUAACGCCUCCGAGAGUUCUUAGCUUGGAAAGUGCGUAUCAAUGGUUGGGAAUGGCAACACGACUGGCUUAUCAGAUGGGUCUCCAUCGCGAGUCAACCUAUUCAACGCUGGAAACCCCCGGAAAUGCCCGCCGGAUCAUAUGGACAUUAUCUAUACAAGACAAGCUUCAGAGUGCUUGCUUUGGACGUCCCUCGGCCAUUGUAGAUCCAGAAUUUGAUGUGCAGCCUGUGCAGCUCUCAGACUUUGAGGACCAAAACACUCAGGCCAAAUUUUUCAUUGAGUAUAUGAACCUGAAUAUCAUCCUUGGCAGGAUAGUGGACUGUCACACCCAGAAAGGUGAACACGCACUGGAUAAGACAACAAAUAUCCUUCAAUCCUUGCAGCAAUGGAUCAACAAUUUACCAGAAGAGUUACGCCUCUACGAUGAUACCGAGCGCCAUCCAUUCCGGCGCGAUGUUCACGAAUUACAUAUCAACUACUUCGUCUGUAUCGUGGUCUUUUGUCGCUUAUUCGGACAUUGCAUCACACGAUCAGUUUCUUCAAAUGCCUCAUUGGUUGCAUCAUCCUGUAUUGCGCGAAUAUACGAAGAGAUCUUUCUGCGGGAUGAAAUCAAUUAUUUGAUGCCAAUUAACAAUUGGUUUUUGAUGGUUGGAUGUGCCCCACAGAUUCAAGAAAAGACAAGUAAUUCAGGACAAGAUGCACUCUGUACUGAAGAGUUACAUAUCUUGAUGACUGCGUUGCGAUACAUGGGCCUGAAAUGGCCUCCUGCCAAGACUUUACUGGACAUCAUUGAGCGCUUGUCUACCGUUGAGUCGAUGAAGCCUAAGUUACAAAAUCAGGGUAUCUAUUCUCAACAGGAAGAUGACAGGAUCAAUGAGUCGUGGCCGUGCCACCAGAGCUCGGGUGUUAUGAGGGCACUGUUUCCAUUUCCGCCGUCUUUAAGCCCGCGCAUGGGGUUGAUUGAUGAGGUUUUCGAGGACUCGGGGGACAGGUUUGCAUUUGAAAAUAUCCCCGAUCUAGGGGGUGAUGAGCUAAAUUGGAUAUUUGAUCAAUACCAGCUCGGAUACGUGGAAGCUUCUCUUGUUUGA